AUGUUUUCGAGUGCAAUAUCGAGAACUCAGAUUUUCUAUGUCAGACUUUUAAGAGUUUCGUCGACGGAAUCUGACGGUGCCGGACGAGAAACAGUCAAGCCCAAAGACAGCGCUCGGAUAGGACGAAUACCGGCUGUCAGGCCUGGAAUUCUCUCAAUACAGACCGCCCCAAACGGUCAGCAAGAGAUGGCCGACAAAUGUUUGCGUAGCGGGAAGCAUCACUACGGGCAUAAUCCAACUGUAUAA